AUGAGCUCUACGCAACCCCAUCAGGAAGACGCACACGACGACGUCGAUUACGGCUCGGAUCUCGCCAACGAUGACAUCCAGGAGGUAGUGCCCGAGCACGACGAGGAGGGCGACGUCCCCAUGGACGACGACAGCGACGAUGAAGGUGCCCAUGCUGGCGAGCAAGGCGAGCAAGGCGACGGCCCUGGUCCCGGGCAAGAAGAGUUCAUCGACAACUCGAUAGCCGCUUUCUACUCGCACCGCAAGUCGGUCUUCUCCGUCUCGCUCCAUCCCUCUUACCCCAACCCUCCCCUGGCGCUCAGCGGUGGCGAAGACGACGGCGGCUGGAUCUGGAACACUCAGGACGGCUCCGAAGUCGUCCGUCUCGGCGGCCACACCGACAGCGUCACCUCGGCGCUCUUCAACGCCGCCGGCGACCUCGCAGCCACAGGUGGCAUGGACGGCAAGGUGCGCGUCUGGCGCAAGCGCUCCGACGACUUCAAGUCGUGGGAGUUCCUCACCAACCUUGAAGGCCCCGAUGAGAUCGUCUGGAUCGACUGGCAUCCCAAGGGCAGCGUGCUCGCCGCCGGCGGCGCCGACUCCACCGUCUGGAUGUGGCAACUCCCCAAGGGCAUCGUCAUGAACGUCUUCUCCGGCCACAGCGACGCAGUCUCGUGCGGUAGCUUCACCCCCGACGGCAAGCGUCUCAUCACCGGCUCCGAAGACGGCACUCUCAUCGUCUGGGACCCCAAGACCGCAGAAAUCACCUCCAAGGUCCAGACCCACAUCGACGGCGGCCUCACUCAGCUCGCCGUCUCGCCCGACGCUCGUGUCGUCGUCAUCGGCGGUGCCGCCGGUGACGUGCGCGUCAUCAACAUCGGUGCGCUCGACAACGGCGGAGCGGCAUCGGUCGUCGCAUCGCUCGCCGGCCACGCAGACGGCGAGUCCAUCGAGGGCAUCCAGUUCAUCGACGUCGGCGGCGGCAACCGCACUGGCCACGUCAUCACCGCCUCCACCGAGGGCAAGGCCAUCGUCUGGGACCUCUCCUUGGCCAAGAUGCGCUGCGAGGUCGUGCACGACGCUGCCAUCACCGGCGUCGCCCUCCACCCGGGCACCACGCUCUUCUCCACCUCCUCCGCAGACCACACCAUCAAGACCUGGGACGCAAGGACCGGCGGCUGCGUCGCCACACAGCACGGCUUCACCGACGGCGUCCUCGCUCUCGCCGUCGGCAAGGACGACGGCUUCACCCAGGGUGCAGACACCGGUGGCAUCGGCGCUUACACCAACACUGCCAACGCAAGAGGCUGGAAGCUCAUCGGUGCAGGCGACGAGGGUGUCGCGCUCGUCUUCCGCGUCUAA